AUGCUGGCCUACGGGCUAAAAUCAUUACCACACCCAAGAUCACCAACCCAGAUUGCCUAUAUACAUAGUGAGGCUAAUGGGGAUGCUUCAUUGCUUCAAGAUGCCCUACAAGACCCAGAUCUUGAUGCACAGUUGGAUUCCUUGAGGGCGAAGCUUAUGACAGUUAGAGAGGAGUCAGUUGAUCUAAGUCGGGAGCUCCGAGCAUUAGAAAGACAGUCUGCUUCAAGUGAUCAUUGCACUGGACUUGUCAAUGAAGUGUUACAGCUGUGUGAUGAGAACUCUAUGCAUGACAAGUUCCAAGACAUGGUUAGAGCUGCAUCCGAACUUCGUAUGAAGAUGGGGAAGCUGAGGACUAGGAAUGAAGACAUAGAUCAUCAUAGAACUGAGAAGAUUUACAACCCAAAUGGAGAUUCGUCGACAGCGUCCCGUGGCAAGGGCUUCUCCGGUUUAAAGUUGGAAGAUCUUCAAGGAUUCCUAGCUGAUUUGGAAAAUAUGUGA